AUGGGGACAACCCUCGAUGCGCUGAAUACCGCUCCCUCCAGUCUCACACAACGCCGACAAGCUGCGUCGAAUCUUCCCGCAUUUGAGCUGCCACCACCACCAAUCUCAUUCGCACCGGGGCCCCUUCAGAAAUUCCCUCCCCUUUCAGGAAUCAACACAUCACAUGCGGGCCCUGCACCUGUGAGUGUAGGACAGCUCCUGACGCCACCGUCCAACCCGGCGUCGGAGAGCGCAAGCUCAUCUGCCAUUCAGACAGGGACAACCCCCAACAGCGGCGCCGCCCCCGUCCUACCCUACGCCCCUAGCUUCUUUGGCGGCGGAACAGGUACCACCCCCAAUGCAUAUCAUACCGGGUACACUCCGCAGCCGUGGCAGAACAACGGUCCCCUUCUCCCAGCCCGUUCAAUGUUCUCUCCCAUACAAGGUCAGUCGCUGCGGUCGGGGACGCACUCACCGUCUGCUGGUGAAGCGUCAGCGCUCCCUCCACCACCUUACGAUCUAAACCCACCUUACGGGGCCCAUCUACCUCUCUCCUCUCCAGGAAGCACCUCCCUUCCAGCGGCCGCCCAUCACCUCGUACCGUCACUGCAAAGCGGCAUUCGACCUCCCAGUCAACAUUCGCCCAUAUCCCCCAACGACAACAAGCCCGCACUCUUUGGUAGCAUGACGACCACGAGCCAGCAUCAACCGUCGUAUGUAUAUUCCCAUCCUACGACUGUUUCUCAAGCUCCGCGGAUUUCUCCCACGCUCCAACAAGGAGCCCUUCCUUCUCACUCCCAAGCUCCGUUCAUGAGGCCUCCUCCUCCUUCGUAUUCCUUGCCGGCGAUGCCAGGACCCAUCAUGUCCAAUGUGCACAGCCCAGGCACGCAUAUGAGCAUGGUGGGAAGCAUGCAACCGAACAUGCUACCUCUUUCUUUCAAUAGUGGCUAUGCCGCAAACCCCCAAGCGAUGUAUGGACAGCCGAGGACAAAUACGCCCCAGCAGAGCCCGGCACACGACAGGCCCUUCAAGUGUGACCAGUGUCCACAGAGCUUCAACCGCAAUCAUGAUUUGAAGCGUCACAAGAGAAUCCACCUGGCAGUGAAACCUUUUCCCUGCAAACAUUGCGACAAGAGCUUCUCUCGCAAGGACGCACUGAAGAGGCAUAUUCUUGUCAAAGGCUGUGGCAGUGGUUCUUCGGCCGAAGCGGCUAGUAAAGAGGAUGGAACAAAAUCGGAGUCCGGUAGCGACGGGGUGAAUGAUAGCCCGGCGGCGGCCACAGCAGCUUAA